GGAAUCUUCGCUACGUGCCUUGUUUGUCCCAAACCCUCCGUCUCUGCCAAGUAACGAAGAGGCGGAGACUUGGUGGGACGCGUUAUCGAUAUCACCUAUACAAUUUAUUAUUCUCCUUCUUUCAGUAUUCCUUUUUGUGCUUUUGCAGAACUCGACGGGAGAUGUUUCUGCGACGGCUGCCGUGUGGUCUGGCGACGGCCAUUCACGCCCACGUCCCCGUCAGCACACACUCCAGCAUCGUCAGAGCAGCGUCCUUCUCGUUGUGGACGCCGCGCCGCUGCGGUGCCACCGCGCCCGCCCCUCCCACCAGCAGCAGCAGCGGAAAGGGGAACUACUUCGCCUUCUUUUCCCUUGAGAAGCACCCAGAGGUUGACGUGGCUGCCCUGCAGAAACUGUAUCACGAUCUGCAGCGUCGCGUGCAUCCUGAUCAGCAGCAGGUCCAGCAACGAGAACAACAGGAGCAGCAGCGGCAGCAGCAGCAGCAACAGGCGAAGUCGCCCGCGCCGUGUGUGCCGGAUGCCAACGCGCUGCAGAGCAGCGUCGACGUCUCGACAUACGCGAACGCCGCAUACGAAGCGCUGCGCAGCCCGUACAGCCGCUGCCGCUACCUCUCUCGCUUGGUGAAGGCACAGGAGGUAAAAGGUGCUGUGUUGUUGACUCCCGCCGAGGAGGAGGAGUUGAUGAUCGAGGAUGACCGCCGCACGAUGCAGGCGCGCGAGACGUGCCCGGACGCGCCGAUGGACGAGGACUUUCUGAUGGAGAUGCUGACGAUGAGUGAGCUCAUCUUCGGCGGCGACGCCAAGGAGGAGGCGGUGCGGCGACAGUGGGCGGUGCUGCGGGCUGACCUGGAGGAUCGCGCGGUGGGUUACUUCAAGGACGCCGUAAAGCACUGGAGCGCGGGCGAUAUGGCGCAGUUCCACCACACCGUGCAGGAGUGGACGUACGUGAACAACGCGCUGAACAACGUAAAGGAGCGGCUGCUGCAGUGUGCGUGA